GAUUCUGACACACCAAAUAUCACUGGGCGUGGCAUCCAUUAACAUUCUAUUAUUGUUAUAGCGGAAAAAAUACCGUAUUUUUAUUACUUUUUCUUUAUUAUAAAUGAAGAGGUUUAUAAAAGCAAUAAGUAAUUCGAGGCCAUAUGCUUGUGAAUAGCGACAGUUAAAUUGGUUGCAGGUGCUGUUAUUAAGUUUUUAACGAGCGGCCGUUUCAGUCAACACAUUUUACAUACAGAUCUGAGAUGUAAGUGCCUCAGUAAGGGGUUGAAGGGUUAAAUUUCACAUGCAGCUCCAGCCAACCGCCUCCUUGAGCGCUCAUCGGUGAUUACCGGAGCGCGAGGGGAGGCGCAUAUAUUCCGCAGAUCAGACGUGCAUGAGACAGCAUUCAGUGCACGAACUCUAGAGAACACGACCAACUCUGAGCUCUUUUCUUCUGCUUUAUUCAUGGAUAUUAACCUGGGAUUGUACUUUCACUGCAUGACGACCUACUUGAAAAUCCAGUGCUGAGCUCGAGGCUAUAUAAGGUGCAUGGACUCACUUGUAAACUUCUGUCAAGAAUUUCUCAUUGAGUUUUUAAUCUAUAUAUUAACCUAGGCAAUGCAAAAGGGGUUCUGUCUUUGGAUCGCUCAGGCUUGGACAGCCAUGACUACCUUUUGCAUGUCAAAUCACUUUUGAGAUUCAAUACAGGGCGUGUUUGGACCAGUACCAGCACCUGGAGUACCAGGACAGUUUGGAUUCUCCUCUAAAGACUUGAGCUGGUGCUUCGGGUCAUUUAAAGGGAGAUCUCUUCAAGGUAUGGUUCUGGACUUUCUGCGCUCAGGAGCAGUUCCAAGGCUCCUACAGUCUGCAUCUUUCUUAUUGAGUGGAAAAUUGACAUUGGAAGGAGAUGAGAACCUUAUUCUGCUGCUUUCUGCUCCUCACCUCGCACCUUCUGCUGGCAACUGCUGAGAAGGAGUUUGCAAUCCCUCAAGAUUUCAUCGACAGACUGUCCCACAGCGAAAUCAACAGCAUCAGCGACCUCCAGCGGCUACUGGAGGUAAAUUCCCCAGGUCCUGGAAAUGAGGUGAUUGAGGAGGUCAAACAGAAGCACCAUCAGAAGAGCCAUCACUCAUACAAGGCCGCUUCCUCAGAUCUCAAGAGCCUGCAGCUGUCCCACAGACGGAAGAGGAGUGUCGAGGAGGCGGUGCCCGCCAUGUGCAAGACACGGACAGUGAUCUACGAGAUCCCCCGCAGUCAAGUGGAUCCCACCGCUGCAAACUUCCUAAUAUGGCCUCCGUGUGUGGAGGUGAAACGCUGUACAGGCUGCUGCAACACCGGCAACAUGCGCUGUCACCCCUCCAAAAAACAGCACCGUACUGUCAAGGUGGCGAAGGUAGAGUUCGCAUCGCGUAAGAAAGCGAAAUUGAAGGAGGUGCUCGUCCGGUUAGAGGAUCAUUUGGAAUGUGUGUGCACGUCACAGCAUCACGUGAUCGAGCACGCGGAAGCAGACACAGGCCCACGCACAGUUAAAAAUGGUAAAAAACGGAAACACAGAAAGCAAGCAGUGGCAGUACAGAUCAACAAGGAUAUACAAUAAAAGACAAACAUUUCCUAACACUCAGCGGACCAAAAUAUCCUGCAGUAGACAUGAGGUGAAACCACAUCAAGCGAGGGAUUGAAGGACAACAGUGGCUACGUAAUGCUCCAGCAGCACUGGGACUUUGACCUCUGACCCUACUGACCCCAUUGCUGUUCAAAAAAAGAUACUGUAUCCAGAGGAACAUUAUACACAAACACAACACCAAAGGUGCUUUCUACGUACUCUGUCAAACACUGAAGACAAACAAGAUUGGUAUUCAGUUAAUUAUUAAGUGGUCAAACACUGGGCGGAAACGAAACCGAAAAGGACGAUGUUUGUGUCGAUUCUCUGUUGUUUAUGUAUACGACUCUCGUAAAGGUCAAGGAUGAGGAGAAAGUCUUUUGGAGAACACUAAGUUUGUAGAGACCAUGAACUUCACAUUGAGUUUGGAUCCGCUCAAGCAGGAUGCCCGUGAAGGAUGGACUAACCAAUGGACUCAAAAAGAGGAUGAACAUAUUAAAGGACGUGCAGUCAUAUAACCUUGCUAAAAUGGAAGACGCAAUUUUCUCUUGUUCUCUGCCUUAGUCCUCUUGGGUCCAGAACAUUUAAGCUGCAAUUUCCAAUGUGCCUCUAGAAAGUUUUGUCCUUCCGAAGAGUUCAACUGCCUGUCCGUGAACAAA